AUAGCUUUGAGACAGACAGAAGAAAAUUAAAAAAAAAAAAAACACCAAAACCAUCAACUCCAUUACAGGAGCUUUGGCCUUUGUCUCUCUCUCUCUCUCUCUCUGAAUUUCCGAAGAGCAUAACAGAGCUGAUCAGAUCUCAUCUCUCCAAGCCUUGAUUCCAUUUCUCUCCACCGGAUCGGACCCAAUUCAAUCCAAUCGGAUCUCAUCUUCUCUUCUUUUUAAAUCCCUUUCUUCUUCGUCGAUUCGAUUUCGGACGGCUGGUAAAGAGUGAAAUCGACAGUACUGCCCUUCAACUCGUCCUCCGACAAUGAAGAAGGCCUUUGAUCAAACUGUCAGGGACAUCAAGAGAGAGGUUAAUAAGAAAGUGCUCAAAGUUCCUUCGAUAGAACAGAAGGUUCUUGAUGCUACCAGUAAUGAGCCUUGGGGUCCGCAUGGAACACUUCUUGCAGAUAUUGCACAGGCAUCUAGAAAUUAUCAUGAAUAUCAGAUGAUCCUGGCAGUUUUAUGGAAACGGCUUAAUGAUACCGGCAGGAAUUGGCGGCAUGUCUACAAGGCGUUGACUGUUUUGGAAUAUCUGGUUGCUCAUGGAUCAGAGCGUGUCAUAGAUGAGAUAAGGGAACAUUCAUAUCAAAUAUCGACAUUGUCAAAUUUCCAAUAUAUUGAUUCCAGCGGAAAGGACCAGGGUAAUAAUGUCAGGAAGAAAUCCCAGAGUCUUGUGGCCCUGGUGAAUGAUAAAGAAAGGAUAAUUGAAGUUAGACAGAAGGCUGUUGCUAACAGGGACAAGUUUCGCACAUCUCCUGGUGGAAUGUAUAGACCUGGCUCUUAUUCAAGUACAGGGGGGUAUGAUGACGAUGGUCGCUAUAAGGAUGAGGAUCGAAAUGGAUAUGGUUAUGGCAAAGAAAGAGAAUACAACUAUAGGGAUGAUGACCGGUAUGGUAAAUACGGGGAUUCGUAUGGUCGUGAUGCUGAUCGUUACGGUGAAGAACGGUAUGGCAGAGAUGGAUAUAGGGAUGAUGACUAUCAGGGAAGAAGUCGAAGCAUUGAUGGUUAUGGGUCAAGAAGCAGGAGCUCCGACAGAGAUAGAGAUCGGGCUUUUGAUGACGAUGGUCAAUCCUCAUCUCGCGGCAGUGGUGCUAGAGCUGAUGAUCGGGCUCAGGAUGGAAGGCGGCUUGAGCGAAAACCUUCCGAGCAAAAUAUUGGUGGUCCUCCCAGCUAUGAAGAAACUAUAAGUGAAUCCCGAAGCCCUGCUCACAGUGAAAGGAAUGGGGAAACUUUAGCAGCACCUGCUCCUGGAGCUUCUCCACCUCCAAGCAAUCCUGGACAAGCAAACACUUUUGAUGUGAGGUCUCCAUCUCCUGCAGACCGGGAAAUUGAGGUGGCUGAUGAAUUUGAUCCACGUGGUCCUGUUUCAGCUUCCCCCACAGCAACAUCUGUUCCAACUGCCUCUGCUUUCCCUACCACCUCAAACAAUGCUGAAAUGGAUUUACUCGGCUCUUUAUCAGAUGUUUUUGCUCCAAAUCCAUUGGCCAUUGUGCCAGUCACUUCUGCAACAUCAUCCUCUGAAGCUGAUGCCCAGGCAAACUUUUCUGGAUCCACUUUUGCUGCAACACAAUCAGCCUCUAAUGUUAUGAACCAGGCUUUCGAAGAUCCAUUUGGUGAUAAUCCUUUUAAAGCUACUCCUACAGACAAUUUCUCAGCCCAACAGCCAACUGCUUCGGCUGCCCCUUUCCAGCCUACCAUGAAUCAAAAUGCUGAAAUGCCCCAUGCAGCUGCACCACCAAAUGGUGAUGCGUUCUCUGACAUGACUUAUUCAGCACCCAAUGUUCAACCUCCUUCAACAAACUCACACUUUUUUCCUCAAGAAAUGUCAAGUUCUCAUCCAGAAACUGAUAUUCUGGCAGACAUUCUCCCAUCAUCCGGUCCUUCUGCUGCAGCCUCACAGGCAGGUUUUUCAUUUCCUUCUGGCCAACCUCCACAGUCAGGGGCUAGCAUGUACGGGAACUUCAAUCCACCAGCAGGGAAUAUGGUACUGCCAGCAGUUCCACACUUGGCUCCUCAGACCCAACAAUUAAGCAGUGCAAACUUCCUUCCACAGGGAGGAUUCCCAGCUACUAACCCUUCCAACAUGGCUCUACAACCUCCAGCUGGACCAGUGGCACAUUUUAACAAUGGAAACUUUCCACAACAAGGUUCUGCAGCCCCAGUUGUCUCUCAAUUUUCUCACCAUACACUGACUGGAUCAACCCCACAAUUUAACAGUGGAAACUUUCACCCACAACGUGGCUCUACAGUCCCAGUUUCUUCACAAUUUACUUACCAAACUCCAACUGCUUCAUCUCCUCAGCAGAAAGAUGUCCUGGGUAAUUUGUUUUCUCAAGGAUCGAACUCUUCCAUGUCAUCUCAGACAGCUCUUCCAUCUUCAACAGGGUCGCUUGCUAUAGUUCCUCUACCAUCCAAAGACAAAUUUGAGACCAAGUCAACAGUGUGGGCAGAUACUCUGAGUAGAGGGCUGGUCAAUUUGAAUAUUUCUGGACCUAAAACCAAUCCAUUGGCUGACAUUGGAGUUGAUUUUGAUGCCCUUAAUCGCAAGGAAAAGAGAAUGGAAAAACAGCCCAUGACUCCAGUUACAUCUACUGUCACCAUGGGCAAAGCUAUGGGGUCUGGUACUGGGAUGGGCCGAGCUGGUGCAGGUGUUCUCAGCCCACCUCCAAACCCUAUGAUUGGUUCUGGUAUGGGAAUGGGUGUGGGUGCGGGUGUGAAUAUGGGCAUUGGUAUGGGUGGUCGUCCUGGUUCAGGCAUUGGCAUGGGAGGUUAUGGAGGAGUGCACCAGCCCAUGGGUGUGGGGGUGGGGAUGAUGAACAUGGGAAUGAUGCCAGGUGGCCAGAUGCCUCCUGGAUCAGCCAUGCCUGGUGGCUAUAACCCCAUGAUGGGCUCUGGUGGUUACACUCCCCAACAACAUUAUGGCGGAUAUCGAUGAGAUGGAUCAACCAUACUGAAGGGCAACGAAUACCUGUUGAUUUUUGGAGGUAAAAGGGGAUGGCAUUGCUAAACCCAAGUGCUACCAUUGCCAUGCUUGUUCUUUCCCGUCCCCACGGGGUCUCUUAAAGAUGUAUUUGUCUUGAAGAUGUAUUUUUGUUUGAUAGUCAUAAUAUUCCGAUACAAAUCUUGAUGUGAUUGUGUAUUCAUCAUCCUUAUAUCUCGCCAUUGGUUGCAUUAUCAUUCAUUUUGAGCCAGAAUAUAUUGAUUAGUUGCGUCGCUGACUCGGCUGUUGUGAAUUUGUAAUACGGUGAAGAUAACCUUUCUCAGGCUGUCUUCACCCCCUUCUCCUCUCACGGAGCAUAUAUAUAUUUUUUUGUAACUCAUCAGGGAUUUGAUACUAUGCUUGGUUACCGAAUGAUCAAUAAAUCUCAGAAUUCAUUUUUUUUCUCA